GAUCCGAGCUGCUAACUGACUCUCCCUUGCCGCAUCUCUCAGCCGUGUCGCGAUUUGAAAUCGGAGAGAGAGAGAGAGAGAGAGAGAGAGAGAGAGAGAGAGAGAGAGAGAGAGAGAGAGAGAGAGAGAGAGAGAGAGAGAGAGAGAGAGCCUUCGGAGUUCUUGAAUCCAGGAGCACCGGAUUGUUCCAGAGGAGGAGGAAGAAGAAGCCGCCUUUCGUGCUUUGAGACCACCGAUGGGCCGGAGCCUGAGCCCGCUGCUCCGUCAGGAGCUCGACAACCUCGACAAGGACGCCGACAGCCGCCGCGCCGCCAUGAAGGCGCUCAAGUCCUACGCCAAGCACCUGGACUCCAAGUCCAUCCCGCACUUCCUCGCCGAGGUCUCCGACACGAAGGCCGCCGCCACCGGCCUGCCCCCCGGAGAGUUCACCAUCUCCCUUUACGAGGUCCUCGCCAGGGUGCACGGCCGGAACAUCGUGCCGCAGAUCGGCAACAUCAUGGCCACCAUAAUGUGCACGCUCUCCUCCAGCGGGGGGUCGUUCCCCCUGCACCAGGCGUGCUCCAAGGUGGUACCGGCCAUCGCCCGGUACGGCAUCGACCCCUCCACACCUGACGAGGAGAAGGCCAGCAUCAUCGCCUCCCUCUGCAAGCCGCUCUGCAACGCGCUGAUGGGCAAUCAGGAUGGCGCUGCGUCCGGCGCGGCGCUCUGCCUGAAAGCGCUUAUCGAGUCAAGCAAUUGGAGGUUCGCGUCCGGUGACAUGGUGAACGAGCUCUGCCUAAAAGUGGCUGGGGCGAUGCACGACAAGGCGACACGGUCUAAUGCGCUCAUGGGCCUGGCAAUGGCGCUGGUGAAGCACAAUGGUCUGAUUGCAGAGGCGUAUGCGAGGUCCAUUGUGCGGUCUGGCCUGCAGAUUCUUGAUGGGGAUACAGCAGAGAGCAGCUCCCAGAAGCGGCUCUCGGCUAUUCAGAUGAUCAAUUUCUUCAUGAAGUUUGUCGAUCCUAGGUGCAUAUCCUCAGAGCUUGGCAAGGUGAUUGAUGUGAUGGAGCAAUGCCAGAAUGACCUCAUGCCAUUUGUCCGAGGUGCCGCAUUUGAGGCAUCACAGAGUGCGAAGAGCAUUGCCGCGCAGAAGGGAUCGAGACAUGAGGUCGGCACAAGCCCAAUGGUUGGGUCCAACUUCCACAGGAAAAGGGAGAAGAGCCCAUGCAGGAGCCUCUGGAGUACCAAGGGCAGCCCUGCAAGCUCCAGCAUUUGUGCUUCUCCAGUUCAGUUCCGAUCUCCAGAAUCACAGGUUGUGGAUUCAUCCAUCAUGAAUGGCAGUACACUCACCGAAUCGCCGUUCUCAGUCGGGCAGUCCUCUUGCAACUUUGAUCAGAAUCGACGCACAAAUAGAAGAUUGUGGAGCAAUGAAAGUGUGGAUGUUUCUCUGAAGGAUGGCUUGUUCAUUAAACUGUGCUCAAACAGCAAGUACUUUGACGAUGACUUGGGCGAGGUCUGCGACAGUGAAGUAACUAAUGCCAACUUUGAGUGCACAGAUUCAUUUGCUGGAUUUCUGUCACCAAGCCCCACUGGCACCAUAUCAAGGGAUAAGACUCCCAGUCCCAGGGCUUCUGAAAGGCCGAUCAAUAUUGAUGAUGUGAAGGUAUACACAACACCAAGGAAGCUUCUCCGGUUGCUUCAGAGCUCCUAUGACUCUGACUCAGCAAAGCACAGCAGCUCAUCAUCAUCAUCAUCAGAUCAGCAACAUAAGGAACUAGUGGAAUCAUCUGAAGAGACGCAGUCUCUGCAUUCUGACAGCAAGGCUGAAGAGAUGAAGGACGAGAAUGAAACCGUGGAUGCGCAGAGCGGCAACGGUAGACCUGAGACGCUCUCCAAUGAAGAUAAAUCAGGAUUCUCCACUACUGAGGUUGAGAACACAACCUGCAUGUCAUCCCCUGAAAUUGAAUACAAGGAGAAUGAUGCAUGUGUGGUAAACAGCAGGGGGAAGAGUAAGACCAGGAAGUAUAGGGCAAAGCUCAGGUUUCUUUUGAGCUUGAUUGUGAUCGUUCUAGUAGUAAUCGCUGUGUUAAUUAGGAUAGAUAGUUAUGAUGAUUCAGUGUGCCUUGUCCCCACUUGAUGUUUGCAAGCUGCAUUUGUUCCUUACUGUUUGUUCAGGUUGUUGUAUUGAUUGUACCACAAUAGCGUGGUUACUGUUCUGAACUAGUUUGCAGUCAUCGAUCCAUGUUGACAGCAAAUAAUUUAAUUAUGUUUGCCAUCUUCAUGAUCACACUGUGCUUAUAAAGUGUUCUGCUGUUCCACUGAUGU